AUGGCAGUAGUGAGGCUGACAGGAUUAUAUAUACUAUACGCUACUCUUUUAUUACUAAGUAUUACAUGUCCAACAUGGCAGAAUGUAGAGUCACAAAAUUCGGAUGUUGUACUGACCGUAUUUCGAGAGACACGUUCCGACACGGACCGCGUUCACAUUCGGCCGGCUAAGCCAGGCACCGAGCUGGACUCGAGAUAUAUUACAAGUAAAACUAUGAACUGUAGCGAGACCAAAGACGAGAUAUAUGCUCAGAAUAGUCAUAUCUGUACGUGCAAAGAAAGCAGUCCAACUUAUGUUGUCAGUGAGAGACAGUGUGUCAACAAUGUCUGGUUACGUCGAGGUAAGCUCAGAUACUUGUAGGAAACAAUACUUCCUGGUUUGUCCACCACUGGGAACAUGGCUAGGAAACAAUGUUUUCUGGAGGAACAUGGCCAGGAAACAAUGUUUUCUGGUUUGUCCACCAUCUGGAACAUAACUAAGAAACAAUAUGUUUGCUGGCGGAACAUGGCCAGGAAACAAUGUUUCCUGGUUUUCCCACCUUCAGUAAACAUGCCUAGGAAACAUAAUUUUGUAAAAUUAAAAUUAAGUACUUCCACGCAGGUUUGAGAUUUGAGAACCGUGGAGAAACAACCGUUUCCUGGUCUUUCCUGCUGGGUUUCCAAAUAAAAUAAUGAAUGAAAAAUGCAUUUUCUUUUGUACGAAGGUUGUGCUUUUCGUUUCGGUUCGUGGCGUCAUUCGUCUGGAUGGACUUGGAGCGAGGAGGGUGACCGGCUACUUUUCCUAUACCUGGACGAUGGCUAUGGCAUUGCUGGUGGAUUCAAUGCCUCAAACAGAGAGUUUGAGCGUUGUACGUUGGCCAAUGUGACUACUUUGACUGAAACUGGAGUCUGGGGGAAGAUUGACUUUGAUUCAAAGGAUGUUACAUUCUUUGUUGUCAGACAUCAUUAUCAUAUUAGUUGGGUAAGAAUAUCAGUAAACUAACUUUAUUUAUACCGGAUAGCUCUACCAGUUCGAAUUAUGGUUCGAAACUGUUCUCUCUAGAAUAGAGAUACAAUAAGAGUCAUCAUUGAUCCAGUGUUACUACAUGAAGAAAUCUAACUUAAGCAAACUUUAUUAAUACUGGAUACCUCUAUCAGUAUCCAGUAUUAAUACUGGAUACCUCUAACUGUUCUCUCUAUCCAGUAUUAAUACUGGAUACCCCUAGCUAACUGCUCUCUCUAGAGGUCCAGUAAGAGUGGCCUGAAGCCCUGGUCCGAACAAAUCUUUACUGUAACUCAUCUUUACAGAAUACAGAAAAUCUGGGCGCAGAAAGUAGACAAGAGAUCCGAGGAAGAAUACUUAAAUUUUCAAUCACGUGUCAACCGCCAGAACCCACACUACAUAACGAUAUUUUACGUCAACCCACUGAGUCAUGUCUCGUUUUUAAAGUGACUGGAAACUUUACUGGUGAGCACUAGACAGCAGAAGUUUGGAUUGGUCAAUCUAGGGAUUAUUUCCUGCUGGUCCAUACUAGACCAUCCAAACCACACAUCACACCACACCAAACCACACCAAAUGACACUAUAGGCACCAUGCCAUAUCACACCAUAUCACACCAUACCAUACCAUACUUGUUAUACCAUAUUACACCAUACCACACCAAUCAUAUCAGACCAUACCACACCAUCCAAUACCACAAGAUACCAUACAUUACCACACCUCAAUACCAUACCCACCAUACCACCACCAUACCAUCACCAUAUCUUCACCAUACCAUACAUUACCAUACCUACAAUACACCAUACCAUACCAUCACCAUACCAUACAUUACCAUACCUACAAUACACCAUACCAUACCAUACCAUACCUACCAUACCAUACCAUAACAUACCAUACCAUACCAUACCUACCAUACCAUAUCAUACCAUACCAUACCAUACCACUAUUAAUACACUUUUCCAUCUUUUCAGUUUCCCCCAAAAGGCAAGAAUCCGAAAAGUCGAAAGAAGAAAACACUGCCAUAGUGGCAAUAGCCCUAGGAGUGACAUUCUCAAUUCUACUUCUUGCUGGGAUAGUGGUUGGUAUGGUCUGUUACAAACGAAGGUCUGGAACGAACAUCACACCGAGAUUUAUAUCAGGUUUCAUUGCAAAGAUCACAUAG